UUAGAAAUGACAGACUUUAAACAUCUUAUUGAUCGUAAUGAUAGACUCAUUCUACCAGACUAUGUAGUGCCACUCAAGUACCAAUUGCAUAUCAUUCCCGAUAUGAUUGCUUUCAAAUUUGAAGGCACUGUAUCUAUUGAGAUGCGCGUCGUCAGACCAACUACAGAGAUAGUAUUGCAUUCAUUCGAAUUGAGCAUUAAGAGUGCACAACUAUCAACUGGCGCACAAUCAACAGACAUCUCCUAUCACGAGCCAGAGGAAGUGGCCAUUCUCAAAUUCUCCGAUGCGAUUGCUGUCGGCACCGUCACACUCACCAUGCAGUUCGAAGGCUGUGUCAAUGACAAGUUAAUGGGCUUCUAUCGCUCACGCUACACAAUCCAGGGCGUUGAUCAUCACAUGGCCGUCUCACAGUUUGAGGCGACCUACGCCCGCAGAUGUUUCCCGUGCUUUGAUGAGCCUGCACUCAAGGCAGUCUAUGACAUCACACUCACGGUGCCCUCGCACAUGACUGCACUGUCCAACAUGGCCGAGAUCUCAUCCAAAGACAACGGCAAUGGUACCAAGACGGUGCACUUUGCCGACACACCAUUGAUGAGCACCUACCUUGUCGCCUUCAUCGUUGGCGAGCUCGAGUACAUCGAGGGCCACAGCAAGGAGGGUGUGCAGGUCCGUGUCUACAAGGUCAAGGGCAACACCGAGAGCACAGAGUUUGCGCUCAAGGUUGCCUGCGAUGUGCUGUCCUUCUUCACCAACUUCUUUGGCGUACCAUAUCCCCUGUCCAAGUGUGACCAGAUUGCCAUUCCAGACUUUGCCAUGGGUGCUAUGGAAAACUGGGGAUUGAUCACUUAUCGUGAGGUAUUGUUGCUCACGUCUGACAAGACCACUACAUACCUUAAGCAGAGCAUAGCAAGUGUCAUUGGACAUGAGUUGGCUCAUCAAUGGUUUGGCAACUUGGUGACAAUGGAGUGGUGGUCACAGCUCUGGCUCAAUGAGGGAUUCGCCAGCUUUAUGGACUAUGUUGUCACUGAUCACUUGUUCCCCGAGUGGUCCAAAUGGCUCGAGUUCACUAAUGAUUAUAGGAAUGAAGCUCUCACCCUCGAUGUCCUGGACUCGUCUCAUCCCGUCGAGGUACCAGUGCGCAACAGUGCCCAGAUUGGUGAGAUCUUUGACACGAUCAGUUACAACAAGGGUUCAUGUGUGAUCCAGAUGGUUGAAGGACGUCUUGGCGAUAAGUUCCGCACAGGACUCAAUCACUACAUCAAGAAACACAGCUACAAGAACACAGUCACCGAGGAUCUCUGGCAAUCACUUUCUGAGCACUCUGGCGUGGAUGUCAGGGCGUGGGUGGAUACCUUCACCAAGGUUACUGGAUACCCAGUCAUCUCAUUCAAACAAACAUCGACACCAGGUGUCUUUGAGCUCACCCAGAAGAAGUUCAGGAAUGGUCCCGAGCAAACAUCCGAUCCACUCUGGAACUGCUACAUCAAGGUCCAGACUGAGUCUGGCUCGCAUGAGUAUGUGCUCGACAAGAAGACCGGCACAUUCACAGUGCCCAACUACAAUCCUCAGGGUUGGAUCAAGCCAAACUAUGGACAGACUGGCUACUUCCGUAUCAACUACGAUCCAUCCAUCAUUAAGGGUCUAAUUCCACUCAUUCAAUCUCUUAAGCUCCCCGCCGUAGACCGUAUGGGCGUCCUCUGUGACUGCUUCUACCUUGGCAAGUCACGUGACAUCCCCAUUACAGUGUUCACAGACCUGUUGAUGGCCUACACCAAUGAGAUCGAGGAGUCCAUCUGGCAGUUCAUCAUUGCUCGUCUUGGCUACCUCAACAAGCUCGUUGGCGAUGACAAGAUGUCUGGAGUCAUCGUAAAGUUGCUCAAGCCCCUUGGCGAGCGCCUUGGAUUUGCAAAGAAGGAAGGUGAGAGCUCGGGCGACACUAACCUGAGGGACAGCGUGCUUGCCGCACUUGGUGUACACGGAGACCCAGCAACUGUGGCCAAGUGCCGCGAGCUGUUUGUAGCAUUCAAAAAGGAUCAGUCAUCUCUGGACCCAGACAUCAUGCGUGCCGUCGUACAGACCGUGAUGAAGAAUGGUGGUGAGGCCGAGCAGACUGACAUCAUGGCCAUCUACAACGCCAGCGAGAUCUCCUCACAGAAGGAGACUAUGCUACGUGUGCUUGCCUGCAACAACAGCCCAGCAUUGACCGAGAGAGCAUUGGACUUUUCGCUAAGCAAAGACGUUCGCUCCCAGGACUCAUACAUGGUUUGGUACUACAUCUCUGACAGCACCAGCGAGGCAGCAUGGGCCUACUUUGUCAAGAAUGCCAAGUCCAUCUACGAGACCUUCAAAGAGAAUCCCCUUAUCGAGCGCAUGGUCUCUGGUAUGUUCAGCACACGCAUGUCUGAUGAACGCGUCCAGCAGGUGAAGCAGUACUUUACCGAGAAUCCAAUUCCCUUGUGUGAGAGAUCUCUGCUCCAGGACUUUGAAUCAAUCAAGGAUAACAACGAGUUCUACAAUGCAUGCAAGGAUGAUUUAUUGAAGUGGAUCAGCUCUCAGUAG